UACCUUAGUCCUUAUCUAUGGUCCUUGUCCGUGGUCAGUUAGUGUAGCAAUUUGUUGUUAGGCUAUUCAUCAAAGAGAGAAGGCAGUGAAGUUUAUCCCUCGAUGGCAACGACAAAAACACGAAGCAGAAGAGGAGGGAUUAAGAUUGAAGCCCCACCAAUAACAAAACACAUAUCCAGAACACUAGAUAGGUAUCCUGAUGGAGGCCAGAUACUCAAAGAGCUCAUUCAAAACGCUGAUGAUGCAGGUGCUACAGUUCGCAAGUUUUGUUUAGACACAAAGCAGUAUCCAGAAAAUGAUUUGAUGUUUCCAACACUAAACCUCUUCCAAGGGCCAGCACUGCUAGCAUAUAAUAAUGCUAUAUUUCAGGAGGAAGACUGGGAACACUUUGGUAGAAUUGAGAAUAGUGGGAAGGAGACAGCUGCCCUGAAAGUUGGUCGGUUUGGUGUAGGAUUCCUCUCUGUAUUCCAUAUUACUGGUAAGGCCCUUACAAACUGAUAGU